AUGAGUAACUACGUGGAGCGAAUGUCAGUGAAGUACCAAAACUUCUCCCAAGGAGCCGAUCCCCUGAUCGACAGCUGGUUCCUGAUGCAGAGCCCUGGCCCGGUGCUCUCCGUCACCGGGCUGUACUUGCUGUUCGUCCUGUGGUUCGGGCCACGCUGGAUGGAGCGGCGCAAGCCGUUCGAGCUGAAGCUCACGCUGAUCGCCUACAACGCACUCCAGGUCGUCGUGUCCAGCUUCUUUUUCCUCUAUCCGUUCUUCGCCGGUCUGUUCUCCACGUACCUAUCGUCGCUGACGUGCGAUGCGUCGAUGACGGGCGUCAGCAAAGAACUCCAGCUGACG